AUCUUGGAAUACUUAAACAAAAUGUUUAAGGGGGGCAAGGGGACUUUACAGUUCUUUUGAUAAAGACAUGAAGAUACAGUUGUAGACAGAGGGUAGAUCUCUAAAAGUGUCAUAAGGUAGAUCUAAAAAUAGGACCAAUUAUCAUUCUUAUAAUUAAGCCUAAUGGACCUUCCUGUGUGAAACUGCAUGACCUGAAAAUGGAUCCAUGUUCUUCUGUGUUACCAGCAACUGUUUUAGAGCAAAUUGCCUUGCGGCUGGGCUGCAGUCCCACAGACAAGAAACUUGCUUUCCGCUUAGAUGAAGAAGAUGAAUUAAAGCAUCUUCGUGAAUGUUUCUGUAUCCCCAAAGUCAAGGAUCUGCCUCCAACUGAUCUGAGCCUGGUGAACGGAGAGGAGAGCUGUAUAUACUUUGCUGGGAAUUCUCUCGGGCUCCAGCCAAGAAAAGUUAAAACUUACUUGGAUGAAGAACUGGAUAAGUGGGCUCGAACAGGUGUUCAUGGCCAUUUCAAUGGUCAGCGCCCAUGGGCUUUGGCAGACGAGUGCAUCCUAGACCUGAUGGCUGAGCUGGUUGGGGCCCAAAGACAGGAACUAGCCUUAAUGAACGGGCUAACUGUUAACUUGCACCUCCAGUUGUUAUCUUUCUUUAAGCCUACUCCAAGACGCUAUAAAAUUCUUCUAGAAGCCAAAGCCUUCCCCUCUGACCAUUACGCUGUUGAGUCCCAGCUUCGCCUUCACGGGCUGGAUGUGGAGCAGUGCAUGCUUUUGGUGCAGCCGCGGGAGGGGGAGGAGACCUUGAGAAUUGAAGAUAUCCUUGCUGUAAUUGAGAAGGAAGGGGACUCGAUCGCUGUCAUUCUGUUCAGUGGGGUGCAGUACUACACGGGGCAAUUGUUUGAUAUCCCUAGAAUAACAAAGGCUGGCCAUGAAAAGGGUUGCUUUGUUGGAUUUGACCUGGCUCACGCUGUUGGGAACGUAGAGCUUCAUUUGCAUGACUGGGGAGUAGAUUUUGCGUGCUGGUGUUCCUACAAGUAUUUAAAUUCUGGAGCAGGAGGCCUUGCUGGUGCCUACAUUCAUGAGAAGCAUUCCCAGACUAUUAAACCUACGCUGAUUGGCUGGUGGGGUCAUGACUUCAAAACACGAUUCCUCAUGGAAAACAAAUUGCAACUAAGUGAAGGAAUUAAUGGAUUUCGGUUAUCAAAUCCUCCAAUUUUACUGGUCUGUGCUCUGCAAGCCAGUUUAGAGGUUUUUGGUGAAACUACAAUGAAAGCAUUGAGAAGGAAAUCUGUUCUACUCACGGGUUACUUGGAAUACCUGAUCAGACAUUACUACAGUGAGGAUAAGACAAAUCCAGAGAAACCCUUCAUAAAAAUAGUCACACCAUCGCAGAUUGAGGAAAGAGGAUGCCAGCUCACUCUAUCUUUUUCCCUUCCAAUCAAAUCUGUGUUUCAAGAGCUGGAGAAGAGAGGAGUAGCUUGUGACAUACGAGAACCAAAUGCUCUUCGUGUUGCCCCAGUUCCUCUCUACAAUUCUUUCCAUGAUGUGCACAGAUUUAUUGAAAUCCUGGGAUCUGCAAUUACAUCUUCAAAACAAACAGCAAAUAAUACUGUGCUAUCUGGUUCUUAUUGAUGGCUCAGCUCUAUCUUUUAAUCUAUUUCUGACUAAGAUGCAUUUAUCCCGCUGAGUGAUUCUUUGCUUCAAGUAGACUGAGCUAUAUCCCAUGCAAUUUGCAAAAAAAUGACUGUGCUUGAAUAGUUAUUUACAACAGGCAUAGUUUUAUUAAAGCUCAUAUUUCCACUCUG